AUGAUCGGCUACAAAAUAACGUGUAUUCUGAAUCAACAAACACGCGGAGAAGUUCAAACAAACCUACGGCUAGAAUUUGACAGUGAUCCUGAUAACCGCAUGGUUUAUAUGAUUGUCGCUGAAGUAGCUGCAACAUCUACACAUAGUCGGCAUAUGAUUGUACAAGUUAUAUACAAGGACGAAAUGGUAUUUGAUCAAAAUAAAUUACAAAAAGCCUUCGAUUUUGGAGGAAAAAUUACACGUAAGAAAAUUCAUUUUAACUGGAAGUUUAAUCAGGCUCUCAGAAUCAACAGAAAAGUAAUUGAAUAUGGCUCCUUAAACGGCAUACCACGUCAUGUUGAAGCGCUUUGGAAACAGGUCCAACCAUUAGCUGGUUCAACCACUAGCGAAACUAAUGACGAUCAGGGUCAAUUAGUUGAAUUAUUACGACGGCUUAAAUCUAAAAUGAUGUCAACAGAUGGAACGAUUGUACAUUUAAAUCAUGAUAUUAAAUUGUUGAAUGAACGGUUAGGAUUAGGUUGUCGAAUCCAUAGGUUAGGUUAUAGGUUGCCAAAUAUUGGCAACCUGCAGGGCUCUGGUUCGAGUAUCGUUCGUGAUUUGGAACCAGGUAAACUAUUUGUGGGCGAUAAACACUUUGAUAUAAAAAUUCGUACAAAACAUGGCGCUUCAAUUAAACAAUUAACACAUAUGGCUAAUAAUAAUUGGAUUGAUCAACAUUUUAAUCGUUCAUCACACGCUAUAAUUUCCAUCGGUUCAAUUGACAUGAAACACAUUAAUUCUGAUAAAGCCAUAGAGCUUCUUAAUCAACUUAUUCAAACACUGAAACGUAAACAUCAACAUAUAAAGCCUACA